AUGGCUGGGACGAGAUCGACGAAGACGAAGGAUGCCAAAAAGCAGAAGCUCGAAGGUGGAGCACGGGACGCAGCCUAUUCGGGUCCUGAGGAGCUCCCGACACCGACUGUGGUCGAGGUCGUCACCGCUGAGAACAACGAGCUCAGCAUCCUGUUGCACCACGCUCAGAAGACGGACUCUGUGGCCAUUGGAGUUCGGCUGCAGUCUCAGGCUCGCCUGGAUGUACUCAUCCCUUUCCUCUCCGACAAACUCGGCGAGGAUGAGACGAAGAGCGUGAAGAAGCUCCAGGAAGAUCUCGAGAGCGAUCUGAAGAAGGACUUCCAAGCGAGCGUCAAGAAGCUGGAGACGGGUCCGCUUGCCCAGCUCGUAGAGCAGGGCGUCGACCUGACGGAGAUCACGCCCAAGUACUUGAAGGCCAAGGAGUCUGCCAGCAUCGAGGCCCGGGCCUAG